AUGGCGAUCCUGAUCGACGUGGCUGCCAGCGAGUUCCUCACCAAAUGCGGCAAGUAUAACCUCCACUUCAAAGACGGACGCAUAGAUCCCACUCUUUGGCUCUCCUCGGACAAACUGUCCGACCUCUACGGGAGCUUGAUUUCCAAGUACCCGAUCAUCAGCAUCGAGGACCCGUUCGAUCAGGACGACUGGGCCUCUUGGAUCAAGUUUUCAUCGCGAUCUCGGAUUCAGGUGGGCCCAUAUAAAGAUUUGCAUUUGUGCUUCCCUUUCAUUCUGCUCUCGUCCUGA